AUGAAGUUACCAAGAGAAGUUGUUUUUCAAGUAGCUAAAGGAUUUAGAGGGAGAAGCAAAGGAUGUUUUAAAAUUGCACGUAGCAGGGCAAUGAAAGCCUUGUUACAUUCCUACAUUAUGAGAAGGCAGAGGUAUAGGAGGUUGCGGGUUCACUGGAUAGCUAGCAUAAAUAGGGCCUGCAGAGAAUGGAACUUCACGUAUGCGCACUUCAUGAACAGUCUACUAAAUAAUAACAUCAUGUUAAAUAGAAAAAGUUUGUAUAACUUAUGCUACACUGAGCCAAUAAGUUUUAAGUGCUUAGUAGACGAAUCAAAAUAUGUUUUUUUCCAAAGGAAACUAAAAUUUAGAGACAUAUCUCAAUUGUAA